AUGCUCCCAGUCCACCUACUCUUGUUCUGUUUGGAAACGACUGUCCUCUUCUCUGUGACGUCGGUCUACGCCAGGAAGCAACAAUGCAGGCUACAACCUCCUCGCAACCAAGCCGUCCUUCAACCACCGGUCAACCCGGGGGUGGGAGGAGGCUCCUCCGGAGACGACAUCACAACCCCGUUCCCUUCUUCAACCAGCUCUGUUGACGCUACUGCUACUGGCCCAAUUGGAACAAGUGCAACCGGGACUUCUUCAGCCACUCCCACACCGUUUAGAUACGGAAUUGACAAAAUCCGUGGGGUCAACUUAGGUGGCUGGCUCGUCUUAGAACCGUGGAUUACACCCAGUGUCUUUGAGAGCACUGCGAGAGAUACCAUUGUCGACGAGUACACCCUUGGCCAACUUCUCAACCAACAAACGGCCGAAACGAUUCUCAUGCAUCAUUGGGACACAUGGAUAACAGAGGACGACUUCGUCCAGAUCAAAGCUGCAGGGCUAAAUCAUGUCCGGUUACCAAUUGGAUACUGGUCCAUCCCUAUAACGUCUGCCGACACCUCCACAUCGACCUCGCCGGACCCAUACGUACCUGGAGCCUGGACUUACGUCCUCCGUGCGCUAUCCUGGGCGAAGAAACACAACAUCAAUAUAAUCCUUGACCUGCACGGAGCGCCCGGCUCGCAGAAUGGAUAUGACAACUCAGGCCAAAGGACAGCUAACCCUGUGUGGGCAGUGAAUCCGGCGAAUGUGACACGCACGAUAGACACCUUGAGGUUCCUGGCGAAGGAGGUUGGAGAUCAGGUGGCCGUGAUCGAGCUAUUGAACGAAGCUGCGGGGUUUCGGGGCGACAAUUGGGCGGCUGUGACCAGGGAGUUCUGGCAGGACGCGUACGAUGCUGUGAGGGAAGCCGCUGGAGAUCAGGUGUAUAUCAUGAUUGGAGAUGCUUUUUUGGGUGUCAACAGCUGGACAAACUUUUUGACGCCUCCGAGAGGGCACGGAGUCUUAAUGGAUUUCCACGAGUAUCAAAUCUUUAGUGACCCGGAACUCGACAGGUCGAUGGAGGAACAUAUCAACUUCGCCUGUAGCUACGCCCAAAUUCUGCCAGCGUACUCGCAGAAUAACCUCUGGACCAUCAUUGGCGAAUGGUCGAACGCCAUUACUGAUUGUGCAAGAUGGCUCAACGGGCGUGGUGUCGGAGCGCGGUGGGAUGGGACGUAUGCGUCUACAGGACCAGGAAGUCAGGUGCAUGGAGAUUGCAGUCAUUACACUGGAUCGUAUCAGAAUUGGACACAGUCUUAUAGGGACUACUUAAGGAGGUACUGGGAAGUCCAAGUCCAAGUCGGCGAAAUGGCUGAAGGUUGGGUCUUCUGGACGUGGAAGGCCGAGAAUGCCGAUGAAUGGAGUUACCAGAAGGGCCUUGAGGGCGGCUGGAUACCGAAGGAUCCAAGCAAUUGGAAGUACCCUAACAUUUGUUCCUAA